GUCUUUUCAAAGUUGACUACAUACUAAACGAGAUCAUCGAGCGUAUUUUACGUGCUAAGCAGUCCUAAUGGACUGACGCGAAUGAUAGUCGAGAACUGGUUCUCUCGGUUUCAUCCGGAAUUUCGGGGAAACUGUCGUGAAGAUCCCACGGCUGCAGUGCCACGCGAUCCGCUCCUGGCGCCGAUCUUAUGUUGCAUCUCGUGUUUCUGGAUGUUAACGACAUGGCCCACCCCACCGCCUCAACAACCUGAAAUUGAUCAUCAACAAGAUGAUGACAAGCUGCAGCAGCCGCAGAACAGAAUUGAAAUGGUGAUGCUGAUGAUGCUGAUAACGGAAUCCCAUUGGAACAAAUUGGGGAUGAAUUUUCUGGAAUAAUUCCCCCGAGUCCACUUGAGGGGUAAAGGACAGGGGAAGUGCAGACAGGUGAUUUGAGGAGGAAAUAAGGGAAAGGUGAAAGAUUAACCAUUUUCUUGGCGAUACAAACAGUGUUGUCGUCAGCGGCGUGUGUCGCCAGGGCGUAUUAACUUAACGAGUGACGGCCCACGCGACGCUUCUCCAGAAGGGGUCAGGGGUUAACCAGACGUGAGAAUCCUACGGUAACUGCAUACCAACCGUGCAAAUGCAACUUGUUCUCUCAUCUCACUUUUUUUUUGUCCACAAUUUUUUUGCCUCUUGGUCUCCACCAAAUGUGCAAUCACCGAAAUUUUUAUGAGUUACAAAAAAGGACACUCGCUGGGUCUCUCGUCGACGUUUUUGUGGAACCCCGUGGAAUUAUACGUAUAUAAAAAUGUAAUUUCUUGGGUAUGUGACUAUCGUGUGCGGUCCUCGCGUGUGUGGCCACAUCCUGAAAUUUUCAAAACAGUCAAUGGGAUGAACUGAUGUCGGACAGUAUUUUCAAUGUGACAUUUAAACGUUUUUUACAAUCAUUCAAUUAAUAUGUGACUGGGGAAUUGCAUACGAUGUUGAUAGAGCUAUUUUGUAUUUGUUAUAAAAUAAUGAAGCCAGUUGUGGCUCAGGGAAUCGUCUCGUGCCUGAGGGAAAAUAUUUCUGACACUUUCACCGGCGGAAAAGGGUAACUCCAACAGUUCCCUCGAAAUGUCGAUUUUGGGGUUAAAAUACGGUACAUAUUUUUUGCUGUGAAAAAUUUUACGGUACGUCCAACUGCACUAUAAAAAUAAAAGUGAAGUUGAUUUAUAAGUUUUCCGACAGAAGACUCCUUCAGGUGAAAAGAACGGUGUAUUUCUUCACCCUUUGGCUGCACCUCCACGAAGGUAAAAGGGUGAGAAGGUACAGUAAAAACAUAUAAAGUCACAGGGUGGUUUUAUGAGGGGCUUAAACCAAUGUAUUUUUAACUCGUUGGACGUCCGUCUGUGUUUCGUCUCGUAUUGAGUCAAAAUAUUGCUUUAUUGCGGGUAAUUUUGAUGUUUCCGGAUGGAAAAAAAGGGGUUUUCGUUGCAAAGGUUUUCAGCCUCAAUAAUUCAACGGCUGAAAAAAAUGUACCGUUUAAACCGGAGGGUUGAGUGACCAUUUCUCCCGUUUAACUUCAACGUUUUACUAUUGGAAUUCCAUAAACUUUGAAGGGUUAUUGCCUGGGGGAAGGGUAGCUCAGACGAAAGCCUUUCCCUCCGGAGGAAAAGGGGCAAAUACAUACGGCUGUUGUAAACUUU